AUGAGGCUCCGUUCCUGGACUGGAGCUUGGCGUCUCCUGCCUGUCCUGGUUCUGCUGACUGUCCCACAUGUCCAAGCAGACCAGCAGCAGCCCAAGGAGAGACACUAUUACAUCGCUGCUGUGGAGAUAGACUGGGACUACUCUGGCAAUGACCCACACAGGUUGGGUCCCACCUAUAAGAAAGUGGUCUUUCGGGAGUAUGACAAAGACUUCAGGCAGGCUAAGACCCAUCCCUCCUGGUUAGGUCUAUUGGGACCCACACUGAGGGCUGUGGAAGGCGAGACGAUUGUCGUCACUUUCAGGAACAUGGCCACCGGACCGCACAGCAUCCACCCGCACGGGGUCGCUUACGGGAAGCAGUCGGAGGGGGCCAACUAUUUCGACAACACAUCGCAGAAAGAGAAAGAGGAUGACGUGGUGCAGCCUAACGGCCAGCACGUUUACCAGUGGGAGCUCACGUCAGAUGUGUCUCCACAGCCACACGACCCCACCUGUCUCACCUACACCUAUGUCUCCCACAUAAAUGUUGUCGAGGACUACAACUCGGGCCUCAUUGGUACUUUGCUCGUCUGCAAGCCUGGCAGUCUGGAUGAGUCGGGCCAGCAGGUCGACGUCCACCACGAGUACGUGUUCCUCUUUGGGGUUUUCAACGAGGGGGAGAGCCGGUACACACCAGGCAGCGAGGCCGACCACGUGAAAUACACCAUCAACGGUUAUGCAAUGGGAUCGCUACCUGAUGUCAGUGUGUGUGCCUACGCCUCGGUGAGCCUGCAUCUGCUGGGUAUGAGCUCGGAACCUGAGAUAUUCUCGGUGCACAUGAACGGCCAAGUGCUGCAGCAGAACCGGCACAAAGUGUCGUCGGUGGGCCUCAUCAGUGGCUCCACCUCCACCGCCAGCAUGGUGGCGCUCCACGCGGGCUGCUGGCUGCUCUCCUCGCACACCAUCGGGCACGUGGAGGCUGGCAUGUAUGGCUUCGUGGAUGUGAAAAGGUGCGACGGCUUAAAAGCACCGCAGCGAAGGAUGACUGUGGAACAAAAACGACACAGCAGGGUGUGGACGUACUACAUAGCCGCUGAGGAAAUUAUCUGGGACUACGCACCUGAUAUGCCAGAACACAUUGACGGGGACUUCAAGUUCAAGUACCUGAGGCAGUCGUCAACGCGCAUAGGUGGGAAGUACAAGAAAGCGGUGUACACGCUGUACUCAAACGCGUCGUUCACUGAGACGUUGGAGCCCAAGCAAAAGAAAAGGGAGCUUGGGAUCUUGGGCCCAGUGAUCAGAGCGCAAAUCAGAGAUGUCAUCAAGAUUGUUUUUAAGAACAUGGCCUCCAGGCCCUACAGUAUCUAUCCACACGGGCUGACGUUAGAGAAGCCAGAAGAAGGAGUCAACUACCCAGCGGGAGGCAACCACUCUCAUGGCGUCCAGCCAGGUGAGACCCACACCUACAUAUGGAGAGUGGUCGACGAGGACGAGCCUUUUGAAGGGGACUCUCGCUGUUUGACCCGACUGUACCACAGUGCGGUGGACACCCCGCGUGACAUCGCCUCAGGACUGAUAGGACAGAUCCUCAUCUGCAAGAGUCAGUCCCUCAACAUCAGGGGUGUGCAGCUGAAAGCAGACAAGGAGCAGCAUGCUAUGUUUGCUGUGUUCGAUGAGAACAAGAGCUGGUACCUGGAGGACAACAUCCGACAAUUUUGCGAUCGAUCCAAAGUCAACAAGGCGGACCCUGACUUUUAUAAGUCCAAUGUCAUGCACACUAUCAACGGUUAUGUGUAUGAGAGCGGCCCGCUCUUGGGCUUCUGCAACGGUGAGAUUGUAACGUGGCACGUGUCCAGCAUCGGAGCGCAGGACUACGUCCAGACAGUUACUUUUUACGGCCAUACAUUUGAGCUGAAUGGGCGGACAGAGGACUACCUCAGCCUCUACCCGAUGACUGGAGAGACCAUCACUAUGAACAUGGACAACAUUGGUGUCUGGCUCAUGGCUUCCCUGAAUUCCCAUGAGACAACCAAAGGAGUGCGUGUAAAGUUUCAGGAUGUUGAGUGCUAUCGUGACCACCAGUAUGAGUACAGUGAAUAUGACGAUCCAGCAUCACUCAAAGAAUUCACUGAGUGGAACCCUCUGAGCUUGGAUGAAGUCAUGAAGGAGGAAGAGAAGUCAACACCUGACAAAAAGACACCAACGGAGGCUGACAUGUACACAGACAUGUUUGCAGAUGAAUUAGGUCUCAGGUCUCAGAAGAACCAAUCUAGUACAUCAGAUGUGGAGCAUCUGGACCUCUCUUUUCUCGACUAUGACGCUGCCGAUAAGAAUAUCACCCUUAACUUCAAGGAGACAAAGAAUACAAGUCAGGCCUAUAUUCCAAAGCCAAAUGCACUAAAUGAGACAUUAUUUUCAAAUUGGACAGAGGUGGAUGGACUAAACCUUACUGCAGUUAAUUUGCUGAACCAAAGCAUAAGUGAAAACACAACAUACAUGCAGAACAAUAGCACACCAUCAACUUUUGGCAAUUCUACCGUGAAUAAAACAGAGAACACAACUGUUUUUUAUAGCCCAAAUAUAUUACCAAAGAAUGACAGCAUAACUGCAAACAGCAGUGUGUCUGUGGUCUCAAAUAUUGAUAAUGUCACAGUGUCUGACACACAGCACAUAACAGCUCACAAUGCUACAGUGUCAUCAAUGGCUGGAAAUGUAUCAACAGAGAAUACCAAUCUUACUGUAACAUUACAAGGAACUGGCAAUCUUACGGAAACUUCAAGAGGAAAUUUAAGUUCCAUCAUGGAGCCUGAGGGAAUGAAUGUGACCCUGACUGGUGAGAACCAGACUUCUGUUGUAGGCACGAUGUUGGCGGAGGCCUCCGAGGAGAGGCUCACCAGAGGGGACGUGUUCUUCUUUGCGCCGCUAUCCGAUACCAGCACCAACAAUCUCCACAGUACACCAGAGGGCAACACCACAUCUCUUUCACACAGUGCAAAAGAGAUGGAUGAGAAUAACACAGCAUCUCACCAUGUUAACGUGUCAGCAAAUGAAAUGAACCGUUCGUCCUCUAUUCCGCCGGCUGACGUUGGACAGGUCAACAUCAGCAGCAUAGACAGAAGCUACCUGAAAAUCUUAGAGGUGGAAGUGGACAGCACAGACAACAAAACCAGUGACAAUGACUCCCUGAUCGCCGCAGCAGAGCCAGAGUAUUUGAGUUCAUUGGAAGUUCAAAUGAAUUCAUCUGACAUUGUGGCUUUUCCAGCCAAUUCCAGCCUUGAAAAUGUGACACACGCUCUGCUGGAAAGCGGGCCCUCGCAGAAUGUCACAGCGAAUGUAUCCAGAUCAAAUUCAUCGGAGGAGAUUAGUUCAGAGAGUCGGGAGAAUAUCACAGCUCUUCUUAGGGAUUUGAACCGCACAUCCUCUGCAGAAAGUUCCUCCAAUGAGACUAACCUGUCCCUCUCCAGCGAUGCAGGAGGAAAGAGCGAUUCUGAGGAGCUAAGUGCCUCAGACAGCAGUGAAGAAGUGCUCAUCUACCUUUCAGAAAACAAAACACAGGUGAUUAAAACCACCUCCGUCAAAACGCAGGGGCACAACUGGACUUAUGAGGAAACUCACCAAAUGGAAAUCGUGGAGAUUUCCGACGAUAUGAUGAAAUAUUUUGAGCGAGAAACCCCUCAAACAACGGCAACUCCGAAAAAGAAGACCAGGAAGGUGAACCGCCGGCAGUGGCCCGAAAAGGGCCACGGCAUGAAAACAAAAAAGAAGAAGGAAUACAAGCCUCAGUCCAGGAGUGGCUCACCGUUGUCUCCUCGUGGAUUCAAUCCUGGCAUGACCCCGCGUGGGUCACGACCUUUUUCACCACAGCCUGUCUCUGACGAGGAGGAGCUCAUCAACAAGCCCGUCGUCAUCGGUGUGCCGCGGUCCGAAUUCAGUGACUAUGAGCUGUACAUUCCUGGGGACGAACCAAGUCAUCUAGAAAAUGUGAACGCAGAUGAAUACGAGUAUGUGACCUACAAGGACCCCUACAGCAGUCAUGACGAUCUCAAGAAUAUAAACCUGGACGACGCCACCAAAUACUACUUAAAACUCUCAGGCCCAAAUGUGAAGACUUAUUUCAUCACUGCAGAGGAGGUUGAGUGGGACUACGGUGGCUACGGACAGAGAAGGCCAGACAAGUCGCAACGAGACAGCAGAGAAACUAAGUUCACCAAGGUGGUUUUCCGAGGUUACAUGGACAGCAGCUUCAGCACACCUGACAUCCGCGGGGAGCUGGAUGAGCAUCUUGGCAUCCUGGGACCUGUCAUCAAGGCGGAAGUUGGACAAAGCAUCAUGGUUGUGUUUAAGAACCUAGCCAAACGUCCGUACUCCUUACACCCAAAUGGGGUUUCCUAUUCCAAGCGGACAGAGGGUCUGUCCUAUGAGGACGGCUCUCAAUACUGGUAUAAAUAUGACAAUGAGGUUCAACCCAAUAUCACCUUCACAUAUUUAUGGAAGGUUCCUUCCAUGGUCGGGCCCCUGCCAGACGAGUCCCACUGUCGGACUUGGGCCUACUAUUCUGGUGUCAAUCCUGAAAGGGAUAUCCACUCUGGCUUAAUUGGGCCUUUGUUGGUGUGUCGAGAGGGCACUCUGGACAGGAAGGAACCGAACAUGAGGGAGUUCACAAUGCUUUUCAUGACCUUCGAUGAGUCGCAGAGCUGGUACUACAAGGAGAAUCACGAGUUGAUGCAAAGGAAAAGCCGAAAGAGAGUUAUGGGCCACAACUUAAAGGAGAACCUCAAAUUCCACUCCAUCAAUGGCAUCAUAUUCAGCCUGAAGGGCCUGAGAAUGUACACCAACCAACUGGUGUGCUGGUACCUGAUCAACAUGGGCUCUCCCAAAGAUUUUCAGAGCAUCCACUUCCACGGACAGACGUUCAUCCACAAGAAGAUCACCAGUUACAGGCAGGCCGUCUACCCACUGCUGCCUGGGAGCUUUGCCACUCUGGAGAUGUACCCAUCCAAACCUGGCCUGUGGCAGCUGGAGACAGAAGUUGGUUUCAACCAACAGCAGGGCAUGCAGACCCUCUUUCUGGUGCUAGAUAACGACUGCUACCGUCCGCUAGGUUUAGAAUCAGGCAGCGUGAAAGACAACCAGAUCACAGCAAUCAACACGAGAGGAUACUGGGAGCCCCAUCUCGCCAGAUUGAACAAUCAGGGUAAAUAUAACGCAUGGAGCACAGCGCAGAACGAGAGCUGGAUCCAGGUGGACUUUCAGAGGCCAGUUGUGCUCAGCCAGGUGGCCACGCAGGGAGCCAAGGAGCUAUUACAUUCCCAGUUUGUGGACAAGUACUCAAUCUCCUACAGCACCGACCGCCGGAAGUGGACCUUCUAUAAGGGCGACAGCAGGGACUUCAGGAAGGAAUUCACUGGGAACCAGAAAGCCUAUGAUGAAAAUAGAAACACCUUCUUUCCUCCUGUGAUUGGCCGGUUCAUUCGGCUACACCCAAUCAGCUGGUACAGCAAGGCCACAGUCCGCAUGGAGUUCUACGGCUGUGAGCUUGACGGUUGCUCGGUGCCUCUUGGGAUGGAGAGCAGACUGAUAGAAGACCAUCACAUCAAAGCCAGCUCUGAGGCCUCCAACUGGUACUUUGGACCCUGGAAACCUUCUCUUGCACGCCUCAACCAACAGGGCACCAUCAACGCUUGGCGGGCCAAGCAUAGUGACAUGAGCCAGUGGCUUCAGGUGGAGCUGCCCCAAAUUAAGAAGAUCACAGGCAUCAUAACACAAGGAGCCAAGUCUAUGGGGAAAGAGCAGUAUGUCAUGUCCUACUCUCUGGAGCACAGCAUCAAUGGGAUACACUGGAGCCGGUACACAGAUGAUGAGAGCAUCCCUUACAAGACUUUCUCAGCAAACACAAAUAACAACGACCACGUGAAGAACUACAUCUACCCUCCCAUUUUCUCCCGCUUCAUCCGAAUCAUCCCGAGUAGCUGGUGGAACUCCAUCACCAUGAGAGUAGAGCUGCUGGGCUGUGAAUUUGAGUGACACACACACACACACACACACACAGAUACACGCAUACCAUUCACAUGUGCAUGUAAGUAAACACACACACACAUGUAGUGUACGCCCAGACUUAUGCACAUCCACUCCCACACACAGAGUCAUGUACGGAGGAAAAAGCAAGCACUCAAAACUCCUACGAUGUGCAAAGUGUUUUAUAAAAGCCAAUAUAUGCCCAGUUAAAAUGAGCCAUACGACUCAUUAGUAAGGGAAGUACAUGAGUGAUCUUAACCCUUUUGUCAAUAGUUGUAUGUGUUUUUGAAAUACUAGUUGUACUCUAAGCCGACAUAUGGCAUGUUGUCCAUCACAAAUGACUUUAAAUGAAUGUAAAUAUGUAAGUAGAGAUCAUGUAAUUUAUUUUGUAAUAAAUAUGAUUACCGUUCUU